UCCCUAACUAGGGCUUUACCUACGGGAGAGAGAGAGACAUUGAGAAUGGCAAACACAAAUACUCCCACUACAAUGGCGAGGUCGUUCCUCCAAGUGGCGGCAACAGAGGAGGUAGCUUCACCUCUGCGUGUAGUACAGAUAGAAGGAUUGGUCAUAUUGAAGAUAAUAAAGCACUGCAAGGAGUUCUCACCUGCUUUAGUUACCGGUCAGCUUCUGGGACUCGAUGUCGGCAGCGUUCUUGAACUUACCAACUGUUUCCCCUUUCCGAUCAGGGAAGAGGAUGAGGAAAACGAAGCUGAAGGUGCUAAUUACCAGCUGGAUAUGAUGAAGUGUUUGAGGGAGGUUAAUGUUGACAAUAACACCGUUGGAUGGUACCAAUCAACAUUGUUAGGUUCAUUUCAAACGGUUGAAUUGAUUGAGACCUUCAUGAAUUACCAGGAGAAUAUUAGACGCUGUGUGUGCAUAAUCUAUGAUCCGUCAAGGUCCAAUCAAGGUGUCUUAGCUCUCAAGGCCUUGAAGCUUUCUGAUUCAUUCAUGGAGCUUUACCGCAGUAACAAUUUCACUGGAGAGAAGUUGAGGGAGAAAAACUUGUCUUGGGUGGAUAUAUUUGAAGAAAUACCAAUCAAAGUUUCAAAUUCUGCCCUUAUCAGUGCCUUUAUGACAGAGCUAGAAGCGGAUACACCCGUUACCCAGUGUGAUUAUGAUCGUCUACAAUUAUCUAGCAACCCAUUUCUGGAGAGGAAUAUGGAAUUUCUGAUUGAAUGCAUGGAUGAUUUGUCAAUGGAACAGCAAAAGUUCCAAUUCUACUAUAGGAGCUUGUCGCGUCAGCAAUCCCAGCAGCAAGCCUGGCUUCAAAAGAGAAGGGCGGAGAAUGCAGCAAGAAAAGCUGCUGGAGAAGAGCCUUUACCUGAGGAGGACCCUGCAAAUCCCAUCUUCAAGACAGUCCCUGAGCCAUCACGAUUGGAUAGCUUUCUCAUAACGAAUCAAAUGGCUAACUACUGCAACCAAAUUAACGGGGUUACGGGGCAGAACUUCAGUAGAUUGCAUUUGAUGAAGGCGUUGCAUGAGAAUUGAUUUAUUGUCACUAGUGAAGUACACUCUUUAGUGCCUUGUGCACUUUUUGGAAUGUUUGUUGAAGUAGGAAGAACAAUUUUUGGUAGUUGGUAUCCUUAUUUGAAGAUGAUAUGGUGUAGAAUUGCAUUUGUUUUCUACUGAUUUCAUUUCUGAAUAGUAAUAUUAAAAUAUGGCAAGCUUCUCAAUGCAACUGACGAUGUAAUUUUGGAGGUUUUAUCUUGAAAUGAUAAUUACAAUCCCCUCUUUUCUACUCAA